AUGCGGGAGCUGGCCAUCGAGAUCGGGGUGCGCGCCCUGCUCUUCGGGGUCUUCGUUUUUACAGAGUUUUUGGAUCCAUUCCAGAGAGUCAUCCAGCCAGAAGAGAUCUGGCUCUAUAAAAAUCCUUUGGUGCAAUCAGACAACAUACCUACCCGCCUCAUGUUUUUGCCUUUUCGGGCCUCGGCUUCACGACCUUCUACUUGGCGGGCAAGCUGCACUGCUUCACUGAGAGUGGGCGGGGGAAGAGCUGGCGGCUCUGUGCUGCCAUCUUGCCCUUGUACUGUGCCAUGA